UGGGCCUUUGUGGAGAGACACACACAGCCGGGGACACCGCCUCUGCUCUCUGGGGGGACACAGCACGCCACCAUGUCCUGGGGAAUCGCCGGGCUGCACUAUCUCGGGAUCCUCCUUGGCAUGGCCUUGGGGAACGAGGGUUUGGAGAUGUGGCCCUUGACCCAGACGGAGGAGUGUGCGGUUACCGGCUUUCUGCGGGACAAGCUACAGUACAGGAACCGUCUUCAGUACAUGAAACACUACUUCCCCAUCAACUACAGGGUCAGCGUGCCUUAUGAGGGGGUGCUCAGAAUGGCCAACAUCACCAGGCUGCAGAGGGCGCGGGUCAGCCAGCGGGAGCUGCGGUACCUGUGGGUCUGGGUGAGCCUCAGCGCUACCGAGUCGGUGCAGGAGGUGCUGUUCGAGGGCCACCCGUCCUGGAAGUACCUGGAGGAGGUCCGCACGCUGCUGCUGGACGUGCAGCAGAGCCUCACGGAUGUGGAGGUCGGCCCCAAGGUGGACGAAACAGUGUCACUCCUGAGUGCCCCGAGGCUAAGCCUGAAGCUGGUGCGACCCAAAGCCCUCCUGGACAACUGCUUCCGGGUCAUGGAACUGUUGUACUGUUCGUGCUGUAAACAAAGUUCUGUCCUAAACUGGCAGGAUUGUGAGGUGCCGAGCCCUCAGCCCCACAGCCCGGAGCCCUCAGCGCAGUGUGCGGCUGCCCAGCCCUACCCUCUGUCCCAGCGGCCCCCUACCUCCCUCCCUCGCUCCCCAGGAUCCGAGACCGGACCCCCGGCUCAGUGAAGCUGCUGAGGGCACAGGCGGAGACCUCUUGCCCCGAGAGGCCCGUGUGGUGACUUAUAUGGGGAAGCUCAAGGUGCUUCCACAGUUCGGUUGAACCUGAGACUUCUCUGGGCUGUGGUGAGGAGCCCCCCUAUCCGCCUUGAGAGAGGAGCCCCCAGGAGAGUGUUUUUCCUUUGAGGGGAUUCUGUGCCUGAGAAGGGCUCAGCUCCCUGCAUUCUGUACCUCACCUGGUCUCCCCUGGAGCAGCGGGGGUCUGGGGGUACCUGAAGGGGGACAGAGGUCUCUCUCCUCUGCCCGCACCACCUGGGCGGCCUCCCGGGCCUGGAGGCGGUGUCGAGUGUCUCCUGUGGCCUGCAGAGGCGAGAACCGUGCCGGGCAGGCGGGCGAGCACGGGGAGGGAGGGGGCCGGGCCACACACCCCGUCUUGCCACAGUGGAUGCUCUUCCAGUUCCUUAUAUUUUCUAUUAAACACUUGCUUGUUU